AGUUUCUUCUUUCCCACGCGAUAGGAAAACCCCGGUCACUUCGAUGUAUCGCGGCUUCCGAUUGGUCCUCGCUCGUGAAGCGGCGGUUGAGCUGCGGGAGAGCGCGUGGCCACCGGGACCAGAUCCGGACUAGGAACAGGACCAGGACUAGGAGAGGCCUCAGUUCAGGGCCAAAAUGAAAGGAGGAAAAAGAAAGAAGUUUUUUACACCUUCAAAAACCCAACGGAAGAAAAUUCAAGUAACUGGACAAUGGAAGCCAAUGGAUAUAGACCCAACUCUCUUUGGUGAGGAAGAAUUAGGACUGAUUUGUUUUGAAGAACUUACAGAUUAUCAGUUGGUUAGUGCUGGUAAAUCGACAGAGAAGAAAACAAAAAAAAGAAAAUCUGAUAUUUUGGAGGUGUCUGAUUCUUCUCCAAAGAAACAGAAAAUUAGUCAUGAUAACAUACCAACAUUGACACAAGCAAUGAAGAAAAAAAGAAAAAAGAAAAAGAUCAACGUUGAUCAUGUUGGGGAUGAAGAGGAUGUUAUUGACUUUUCUGAGGACAAAAUUGAACUUGAACUUUCAGAUACAAACGAGACAGCAGAGGCAGAAACAAACGAGACAGCAGAGGCAGAAACAAACAUGACAGUAGUUUCCAAGAAAAAGAAAAGGAAGAAAAAAAAGUCUGUAGCUUCUCAGUCCUCCACUCUAGCCAAGAAAGUAAAAAACUGGACAACACAACAUUCCUGUUCAUCUGAGCAGACAACUGAUGUUUCUGCCUGGAAAAACCUGUUUGUCCCAGAACCAGUACUCCUUGCCCUGAGUUCUCUUGGUUAUACUGCUCCUACUCCCAUCCAAACUCUGGUACUGCCACCUGCUAUUCGAGACAAACUAGACAUUCUUGGUGCUGCAGAAACAGGUAGUGGUAAAACACUAGCAUUUGCUAUUCCCAUGAUCCACCUUAUAUUGGAGUGGAGGCAAGCUAAAGAUGCUAAAUUGAAAAUAAGUGAGGAAGGACGGCAAGAUAACAAGGAUACUAAUGACAGUCACGAAGCAGUCAGUGGUGAUGUACUGGAAAAUAUCAAUGAUCAUCUGGAGGAAGAUGAGGAAGCAAAUGAAAAUGAAGAGAAUCCUGUAUCUCUCAACCUAGACUGCGUAAAAGUGAUCAACAAUGUAAAUUUUGAUUUUGAGAUUGGUGCAGCUUCUAAUGUUGAAAAUCCAUUAUUGGGCCUGGUACUGACACCAACAAGAGAAUUAGCUGUCCAGGUAAAGCAUCAUAUUGACGCUGUCACCAAUUUCACUGGCAUCAGAACUGCAAUAAUAGUUGGAGGAAUGGCUGCUCAGAAGCAGGAAAGGGUUUUGAAUUGCAGGCCAGAAAUUGUAAUUGCAACGCCAGGGAGACUGUGGGAACUGAUAAAGGAGAGACAUCCACAUCUCAGUCAUUUGAAACAGCUCAGGUGCUUGGUAAUUGAUGAAGCAGAUCGCAUGGUUGAAAAGGGGCAUUUUGCAGAACUGUCUCAGCUACUGGAGCUGCUACAUGAAAAAGAAUACCAUCCAAAAAGAAAAAUCUAUAUAUUUUCUGCCACUUUAACUAUGGUUCAUCAGGCUCCUGCAAGAGUACUGGGAAAGAAGAAUGUCAAGAAAAUAAAUACAGAAACAAAAUUAGAAGCUCUGAUACAAAAAGUAGGUAUCAAAGGAAAACCAAAAAUAAUAGACUUAUCCAGGAAAGAGGGUACAGUUGAGACCCUCACCGAAACCAUGAUUCAGUGCGAGACAGAAGAAAAAGACAUAUACCUGUAUUAUUUCCUGCUUCAGUAUCCAGGCCGAACAAUGGUCUUUGCAAAUAGUAUAGAUUGUAUCAAACGCCUGAACGCACUGCUCACUAUCCUGGAAUGCAAUCCAUUGCCGCUGCAUGCAAACAUGCAUCAGAAACAGAGGUUGAAGAAUUUAGAAAGGUUUGCUGAGAGAGAGAGCUGUGUUUUAUUAACCACUGAUGUUGCAGCUCGAGGUCUGGAUAUUCCAAACAUACAGCAUGUUAUUCACUAUCAGGUUCCCCGCACUACCGAGAUCUAUGUCCACAGGAGUGGCAGAACUGCUCGAGCCACAAAAGCUGGUCUCACGUUGAUGUUAGUUGGGCCAAGUGACAUGAUGCACUUCAAGAAGAUAUGCAAAACAUUGGGCAAAAAUGAAAAUGUUCCUCUGUUUCCAGUACAAGCUAAAUGUAUGUCUGCGAUAAAGGCCCGUGUCAAUGUAGCUUGGAGUAUAGAAAAAAUGGAAUACCAGCACAAUAAAGUACAGCAGCACAACAGCUGGUUUCAGCAAGCUGCUGAAGCACUUGAAGUUGAUUUGGCGGAUGAUCUCCUAAUGGAUGGAGGCUCUAACAGUGAUGAAAAGCAGAGACAAAGGAUGUUAAAAGGAAUGAAGAAACAACUGAAACAUUUGCUUUCGCAACCAGUGUUUAAGAGCUACCUGAAGACCAGGUACCCAACACAAUUUGGUAGGCUAACAUUGCCUGCCCUACCAUUAGCCAGCGAAGAAACAGCUUUGACUACAGUCAAAAAAACAAAAAGUUAGGUGAACAACUACCAUGAAAGAAGCACUCUUGUAACUCACUCAUAUCAGUGUUUAAUUCAGUGGCUAUACCAUUUAUUGCAUUUAAUAAAAACCCAGAACUUGUA